AUGAACAUGUCAAGUUUUAGUGAAAAUGAUAAAUGGAUGUUGUAUUAUCAAAUGAGUGGAGAUAGUGUAAGGUUGAAUUAAAACUGGCUUUUUUUGGGGUGAACUUUACUGUUACACUUAUCAUUCACAUCGAAACAACCAUCGUUUUCACACUUUUCACUAAAAACAGAACAUACGGAACGCAGGAAAUUAUUCGUGAUCUAUGAUAUCUAAGUUACGUUAAGUCGCAAAACGCAAGUUCGAAGUAUAAACUGUCUCUGAAUUUUUGAUAGUUGUUAGAGUACUUGAAAAAUUAUUAUUGUUUUUUCCGAAACAAAUUUUUUUAGAAGCAUUUUCAGAAAUUCCUAUGAUUUUUUGAUUUUUCUUGAUCAUCUGACUUUUUUGAAGACGGAAAUGUCCUGAUUGAUUAUCUAAUCAAACCUAAUAAAUAUUCUGAAAAUCAUAAAUUCCAAUGUUUUUUGGAAACCAGUUUCAUUGAGUUUUUUUCUUUCGAUAGGUCACACAUAUCCUUUUUUAGGAAUGCCUAAUUCCUAAUUCCUAAUUACAAAAAACAAAGAUCAAACAUCGAAGGUAUUCAUUUUUCUCUCAUUGGGAAUUACCUAGACAAUCAACCCCACGUGACAGUUUUUUUGUUAUCUCGUGACCUUUUUUGUGAUGACUUGAUGUCGUAAGAUACGUACGUAUUUUAAAUUAAAAAGUUUUUUUUGUUUUCAGGUGUGACUGAACACUUCAAUGUUCCAAUCGAAGAUGUUGAUAUGAUAAUGGCUUCACUCGAAAAUUCGAUGGCAUCAACUGGUGGAUUUUGUGUUGGUCGAUCUUAUGUUGUUGGACAUCAACGUCUUUCUGGACUUGGUUAUUGUUUUUCUGCUUCACUUCCACCACUUCUUGCAACUGCUGCUUCUGAAGCAAUUGCAAUUAUUGAUGAACAACCAGAACGUGUGGAAAAAGUUCAACAAAUCGCGAAAUCUGGACAUCAGAAACUGGUGGCAGCUCUUAAUGGAACUCAUUUUAGUGUUCAAGCUUGUUUAGAAAGUCCGAUGAAACAUAUCUAUUAUAAUAAUGGAGAUGAAAAAGAACAAGAAAAUAAAUUGGAUGAAUUGAUUGAUGGACUCUUUGAGCACAAUAAUAUUUUGUUGACACGCGCGAGAUAUUUGGACAAGGAUGAGAUGUUCAAAAUCAGGCCUAGGUGAAUUUUUCUGCUUGGAAAAAAAAUCAAUAAAAAAUAUUUGCAGUGUUCGAGUAAUGUUCCAAUAUGAUUUGACUGAUGAAGAAAUUUCGAAAGCAAUUGAAGCUAUCGGAAAAUUGGCACAUAAUUUAUAA